UUUCCAUGUGGCCACGCAAUCAGCUGUUACAUUGAAGUUGUCAAAAUUAAUCGGAAGCGUCUAAAUAAAUUUGUGAAAUGCUUUUCUACUCUUUCUUCAAAUCCCUUGUGGGCAAGGACGUUGUGGUCGAGCUUAAAAAUGACUUGAGCAUAUGCGGCACAUUGCAUUCGGUGGACCAAUAUUUGAAUAUCAAAUUGACCGAUAUUAAUGUGACGGAUCCGGAUAAAUACCCGCACAUGUUAUCUGUGAAAAAUUGCUUCAUACGCGGCUCCGUUGUGCGGUACGUACAACUGCCAGGUGACGAGGUAGACACACAGCUGUUACAGGACGCCGCUCGCAAAGAGGCUGUAGUGAGCACGAGAUAAAAUAAAUACAUUUCCAAUGUAGUUUAUAAUCACAAGUAUAUGUAUAUCGGUUCAAUAAUAUUUAA